GACAUGGAGGACUUCGAGAAGGUUCUGUGUCUGGGCCGCGGCGGAGCGGCAGAUGUGUUUCUCAUGCGGCACGUGCAGCGGAAGAGCCUGUGCGCAGUGAAGAGGAUAAAGAUGGCAACGAGGACGACGCGCACGCAGAGAGCCGUCCUCCAGGAGGCGGACAUCAUCCGGAGGCUGGAGCAUCCCCACGUCGUCACGUGCACGGAUGCCUUCGUGAACCCUGCUGACGGCUUCGUUUACAUCGUGAUGGACUACUGCGAUGGAGGAACCUUGGAUGAUAAAGUGAAAGCGAGGAAAGCGCGGGAGUUCUUCCCAGAGGACACCGUCCUGCGGUGGUUUGCGCAGGUGACCCUGGCUGUGGAUUACAUCCACGCAGCCAGAAUCCUGCACAGAGACAUCAAAACCUCCAAUGUGCUGCUCACAAAGCAGGGCCUGGUAAAGUUAGGGGACUUUGGUAUCUCCAAGAUAAUGACCCACACUGCAGACUUGGCGUCCACCUGUGUGGGGACACCGAGCUACCUCAGUCCUGAGCUCUGCCGGGACGUCCCUUACAGCUCGAAAUCAGACAUCUGGGCUCUUGGUUGUCUCCUGUACGAGAUCUGUGCCCUCAAACCCCCUUUCAUAGCUUCAAACCUGCUGAGCCUGUUCCUUAAGAUCACCAGAGGAGAGCAUGAUCCCGUACCGGACAUGUUCUCAGAGAGCGUUUCCUCUCUGGUCCGCUCCAUGCUCAGUCUGGACCCAGAGACCAGGCCCAGCGCUGCCUGCAUACUCACAGCUGCAGGCGUGCACGAUCAGCUCCACGCUGCUGAAGACCAACAGACAGACAAACGUGCAGAUGUUUACACACCGCUGGAGCCUGAUGAGCUCAGUCAGGACCACUUGUGGGAAAUAAACGAGUCCGGCUCUUCCGUCAUGGAGGAGGAGGACGUCUCCGGUCUGAGUGGACAGAUGAACUGUCUCUACACUGAAGAUUUCGAUGAAGACGGAAGCUCGUCUUCGUUAGAGGACACCACUGAGCCCUCAGAGAGAAGUUCUGCUGAGUCAGCAGAGGAGGUGGAGUACCCAGAUGAUUUUGAGGAAGACGAGGAGAAAGAAGAGCAUGAAGCCAUCGCAGAGUCUAUUGCUGGUCCUCAGCAGCUACACGAUGAAACGAUGGUGGAGGAGUUUGAGCUCUGUGAUGCUGGAGGACUCACCAUCACGCUGAAAGCACUGAAGGAAAACGAAUAA